AUGUCUACAUACCAGGAAUCGCCAAAAAGUCUUUGGACAGCGGUUAAAAUCUUGGCUGAGAAUGAGAAAAAGUAUCAGGUCUUGUGGGCAGGUUGCGAUCAUGCUGGGAAGCCAUGGCCAUCAAGCUGGGUACUCAAAGACGGCUGUGCUCAGCACCUGGUAAAUGAAUGGAAGAAGGCUAGACCACAACCUGCAACUGAGAAUCUGGCUGUGACUGCAACCUCAAAAGCCCAGCCCUCCAAGCGUAAACGCAUAUAUAGCACCCAGGACGGUGCUGAAAUAUCAGCAGAGUUGGACCGGACAAAGAAGAGGUCGAGCUGCUUCAUCCCUUGGGAAGAACGCAAGUUAAUGCAGUCACAGCCUGAUGCUGCACUUCGCCUGUCUGCUAUCCGCAAUACAGACUUUGCUGCAGACAAGGCUGUCAAUGCUUUUGAACCCCAUCCCAACACAUCAUUCCUGGCGGCUACUGUGGAGGGGGAUUUGCCUCUCAAACUCAUGGUAGAUGAAAUCCAGGCUGCACCUACUGUUAUGCACGCGUCUCCUUCCCUUGCCAGUCUCCCAGCUUUUGACCUCGCAGAAAAUUUAAGGGCUGUACACAAACUGGCGGCAGGAAGCUCGAAACUUUUCUCCUUUGGAAUCACCAUCGAAGCCAGUCGGAACAAUAAUGAUAUUUUUGUCAUAAAUGAAGGGGAGACCGGUUUCGAUGAUGCUACUAGGUCAGCCUUGGAAAGUGCCAUCAGAAGGGUACUGUAUCCCGCCAACCACGAAAAUCCUGAAAAGGCUAGUCUAAGUACCAACGAUUCUAGAGAGCUCUGCUCUGGGGACGAAUCAGACGAGACUGAGAACGAAGAAGAAGGCUUGCAAGCCCUUGUGGCUGAGCAAAUAGAGAUUGGAGCAGAGAAGGAUGAAGAUGUGCAAAUUGCACUUGACGAGCUUUUGGAAGGUACUGCCAACGCUUCAUCUCAUUUGGGUCACAAUGCAGGACCAGUGGCUGAUGUUCCUUUGUUGGACUGUGAUUCAGCAUUGGGGGGAUCUGAAUGUAGUAUACCCUUUCAACCCAACAUCCCCGCUCAGUUUGGCUCAAGUAAUUGGAAUAUUGACAGACCAUCACUGUCUUACUCCCGCACCGCAUUCCAAUUUCCCGAAGUGGCUACUAUAGUCCCCCAAUCGGACAUAUGCCUCAAGAGCUUUGGUAUCAAUCUACUAUCUAACCCCAGGAGAAAGCGGGUAUGGUCUGGUUUGCAGGGGUUCCGUGCAUAUCGCACAGUAUCGCUCACCUUGGACGAUGAUAAUGAAGCUCUGCCUGCAAUCAAUGAACUGGAAUUCAAUAAUUUGCUUGAAUCGGUGAACUGCGGUUACCUCCCGGACUAUGGGGUAAUUCUGUGCAAAUCACUGCAUAAUGGCGCAUCGUGUGGCUAUGGUGUUCCGCUUGAGAAAUUGAUGACGCACUGCUACACUCCUAGUAAAAAACUAGCAGAAUCCAGCCCUCGCGGACCACAUCAGAUCCCAUUUUGUAAAACAUCAAAAACACCGAGCGCUCUUCAAAUCCAGUUCAUGAGAGACGUCAUCUUGAACUACCCAGAUAUUGUGGCUACUUGUGGAGAGCUACGUGACCUUCGCCCAUUGCCAAACCAAUACGGUCCAAUCCUACACAUUCGCCCUCCCAUCCCAGGACUUGUGUGCCCAAAAUGUGAUUAUGCUCUUCCUGAAGCCUGCGGCACUCAUUCGCUGGAGGACCACUGGAACCAGCAUGUUGAAAAGAAGAUGUCAGGGGUCAGGCGCCCAAUUCCUAUCCGAGAUUGUUUCUUGAAAUGCCCAAUCCAGUCAUUUGACCAAGAUAUUAAUGUGCGGACCUGGUUCGCAGUCCGGCGACAUCAGCAGCGGUCUAGUAGCAACCUACUACCCUCUGCACAUGGUGAAGAGACGAGCCCAGCCAGCAGCAUGCUGGCUUCAUUACUUUCCAGGCAUCAAGCAGAUAUUGUUGACUCACAAGUUAAUGAAGCAGCGGUUGUACCUUUUUUUCUGCAGGUGGGUGCUAUGAAACAUAUCCAGCCCUAUCAGUCGAAAGAGUUGCACGAGCUUGUGGAUUUGCCCAGGCGCUCUGACACUUCACUCUGGAAACUCAAGCGCGCAGUGACAAAGCGCUUCCUGGGGCUAUGCGAGACUGUACCUAACACUAACUCUGUGGUGCGACAGUUAUUGGUGGCCCCUCGACCAGGUGAAAAAGGAACCUCCGAGAGAUUCAAUGUGCCCGCUAAAAUGAAGACCCGUGUAUCAUACGCUUUGGAGGAGGUCCGACUAAUAUCUAUCAUUCUCAGAUGCAUAUCAGAUCGUGCAUAUAUGAUACCUGGUUCCGUCUCACCCCAGCAGCCACCAUCUUCUAAGUAUCAGCUUGCCUUGACUGAAGAACAGCUGAAGGCUGGCCUCUCGCUCAUGGAUCUCCUGAAGAAUGCACUGGUGGAUGACGCAAGCCUACAGGACAGCAUUUCAUCCCUGCUCAACACUGUUUACAUGCCUAGGAACACCCUUCAAAUGUUCGCCAACAGCUAUGCCAACCCGACCAUAGCCUAUAUAUGCUUGCGGUCAGUUCAUGUAGAUGGAGGCUUUGAGUCUCCUACCUUGCUUACACCAUACCACGUCAAGACCCAAUUUGGGAUCCGCCUGCACGUACUGGCAUUCAUUAACCAAGAGUACCAAGCCUUCAUGGCAAAAAAUAAUGCCAUCCGGAAGAAUAGCGCUAUCAAAAAUGGGAGUAAGGUGCUGCGCAAAGGAAGCAGCAUGGUGGUGUGCUCUGACGAUGAACUGGAUGACGCUGAUGAGACUCUGGAUACAGUGGUGGCAGAUGAUGCUGCAGAGUGGAUGAAGUUCGUUACAGACACCAUUGGACGGUGGGUGACAGACCAAAAAAUUUCUCCCUUUGCGAUCGUGCGGGAGUGGAUUCGAGCCCUCAGCAGAAUUGCUCGCAACACCCCUUCUCCUGCCAUGGUUGUGUGGGACCAGGCUGGCAAGCAGGUUCGGGUCCACGGUCAUGUUAUUAUUGUCGAGGAAUACAAGGCAGCACUUCAUAACACCCUCCAGGACACCAUCGCAUUCUUCCACAAAAAGGUGCUGAAAGGAAUUAAAGUUUCUCCUGCAGCUUUCACGCUCCCCACUUAUGACAGCUAUGACCAGAAAACUCGUAGCCAUGGCCUCUUUCCGCUAUCUUUAAGUGACUUCCAAAAUCCAGGCAAUCCCGCAUCGCUUUUCUUAGAUGCUCUGGCUUCGCAAGGCAUCCUCUGCAAAGUUUCAGUUGACGGUAAUAUUCAGUGGGAUCCCAACCAAGUCCGCAAAUGGCUGGCCGAUGUCUCUUGGGUAUUAACUCAAAUAUAUAUACUACUCCACAUGCUAUCGCCUCCGGGUCGCGGAACGGAGGAGGCACUUUGGCAGCACGGCAAUUCCAAGGAAACUCGUCGUCACCUGUUCUUAUCUAGGACCAUCGACACCCUCGUUAUGAUAGGAAAUUAUGAUAAAGGAACGUGCACUUCUGGGGUUUACAAAUGCAUUGUUCGGGUCAUUCAGUAUCAAGUUGCAGAGUUACUUGCAGCCUUCCUUCGGGUGGUCCGGCCUGUUGAAUUACUUUUGACUCUGACAUCUGAAGCUCGGACAAAGGAAAGUAAAGCAGAGGCAACAUCCCUGUACCAGACACGGCUGUUCGUGACCUCAGGGAAGGGCUGGGAGCCCAGUCAGCUCUCAGCCGCAAUUCAAGAAUGGUAUAUGAAUCAUCUGCAAUUGCCCAUUGGCAUGCGGGUGCAUCGACAUUUCGCUCAAGCUCUCCAGCGAGUGCUUUAUCCCCGCUCUGGACCCUUGGAUGAGAACGUUAGGCGACUCAAUGACACGUCCAACUUAGCCAUGGGGCAUGGCAGGGAAGCUGGGGAGAUGCAUUAUGCUAGGGAGGAUGGGGACAUUCUAGCUGCGUCCCAGCAUGAGGCGUUUGAGCAUGUAGGCCAGGAUUGGUUGAGGUUCCUCAAUUUUGAGGUUACCAAGCGGAGCAGCCCUUGA